CGAGCGUGCACUUUCGGAAAGGCCCCUGUUCUCUAGGCUGAAGUGUGGAUGAAUACAUCUAUAUUAUGUCUAUGGAUGAAUAGACCAAACUGCAUCCGCGUCACAGAUCACGGAGGGGUUUGGAGGAGAAAAGUUCCUUCUGGCCAUGCAGGUGGUGAUCCGCCGGUACCGUCCCUCAGACAAGGAUGCAGUUCUCACCCUGUUCAGCGUCGGCAUCCGGGAGCACAUCCGUCCAUGUUUUCACAACGCCAUGACCAGCCCUCUCUACCUCACCAUCACCCUGGGUCUGUGUGUUGCUGGCCUCCUCCUCGGCUCUCUGUUAGGGGCUGUGGCGUUGCCAGGAAUCUGGGUGGGGUUCAUCUACUACUGCUGUCAUGAGAUUUUUGCCGGCUACGUCAGGGAGAAACUCCAGACAGACAUGCAGGACAUCCCUGGGAAGUAUCUGAGCAGGCCUGAUGAGUGCUUCUGGGUAGCGGAGGCUGAGGUUGAUGGCAGGGCCUAUAUCAUGGGUAUGGUGGCUGUAGUGGCCAAAGAAAGUGGUAAAGAAAGACAUGGGGAACUAUUCAGAAUGAUCAUCUCACCAUCGUGCAGACGAAUGGGCCUGGGCUUUAGGUUGACUCAAACUGUUGUUGACUUCUGUAAGGAACGAGGUUUCUCCAAGGUGGUGCUGCAUACCAGCUCCAUUCAGACCGCUGCUGUGGCCCUGUACAAAAAACUGGGGUUCAGCCACGUCCUCUCACACUCCGAAACAGAGUCUUCCAUUUGGAUUUUAAAGCUUGCCAAGGUCACGAUAUUAAGAAUGGAAAAACACCUGUAGUAUUGAAAUGGUGGUUUUAGGCUCAAUAGGAUCAAUAAUAUGUGACUGAAACCAUUAUAAGGUAUAAAUGUAAAUGCUCUGUAUAGCACCUUUCUAGUCUUUUUAACAACUCAGGAUUGAACCACCAACCUUCUGAUUAACUGCUAACCUGCGCUACCUCCUGAGCCACAGCCGCCCUGUGGCUUGCAAACAUCUCACAAACAUAGUAUCUUGUUAUACUACUACAUAUUAUAUCAUUAGAUUAUUAUUACUCCUGCAUUAAUGUAAAACAGGAUUUUUCUCAUGUAGUUGGUUGAGGUGGAGCUAAUUCUUAACUAUGUUGUAUUGAAAUCCAACAAAUGAUUAUUUUCAUUAUGGAUUAAUCUGUUCUGAUUUGUUUUUCUCAAUUAAUCCAUUAAUUGUUUGGUUUGUAAAAAAUCUGAAAAUAGUGAGAAAUGCCAUCACAAUUACCCAAAGUAACACUUACACAAUAAUUGUUUUGUUUGUAAAACCAACAA